CGGCCGGAGCAGCCUCUGAGCACCGACUACUGCGUUUCUUCAGUGGCAUCUUCGCGCGGAGAGACGGCGGUCCUGGCAGCGGGCCCUCCCCUCGAAGCGGUGCCUCACGAUCUCGUGGCUACUUCAGUAGCCUGCGGCGAGCCCCAGCGGAUGCACACUCGUCCAGCGCAGAGAGCAUCGAAGGCUCCCCUCGUAGAGAUGCCUUCGUGAAUAGCCAGGAGUGGACGUUGAGUCGAUCGGUGCCAGAGCUCAAAGUGGGCAUCGUGGGGAACUUGGCCAGUGGCAAGUCCGCCCUGGUGCACCGGUACCUGACGGGCACAUACGUCCAGGAGGAGUCUCCGGAAGAUAUGGAUGCAGGUGGCAGGUUCAAGAAAGAGAUUGUCGUUGAUGGACAAAGCUAUCUGCUGCUGAUUAGAGAUGAAGGGGGCCCCCCAGAGGCACAGUUCGCUAUGUGGGUGGACGCUGUCAUAUUUGUCUUCAGCCUGGAGGACGAGAUCAGUUUCCAGACCGUGUACCACUACUACAGCCGGAUGGCCAACUACCGCAACACCAGCGAGGUGCCGCUUGUGCUGGUGGGGACCCAGGAUGCCAUCAGUUCCACGAACCCGCGGGUCAUCGAUGACGCCAGAGCGCGGAAGCUCUCCAAUGACCUCAAGAGGUGCACAUACUACGAGACGUGUGCCACCUACGGGCUCAACGUGGAGCGGGUCUUUCAGGACGUGGCCCAGAAGAUUGUUGCCACAAGGAAGAAGCAGCAGCUGUCCAUCGGCCCCUGCAAGUCCCUGCCCAACUCUCCCAGCCACUCCUCCGUCUGUUCUGCACAGGUGUCCGCCGUGCACAUCAGCCAGACAAGUAAUGGCGGCGGGAGCCUAAGCGACUACUCCUCCUCUGUCCCGUCGACCCCAAGCACCAGCCAGAAGGAGCUUCGGAUCGAUGUGCCCCCCACUGCCAACACCCCGACACCCGUGCGGAAGCAGUCCAAGCGCCGGUCCAACCUCUUCACCUCUCGGAAAGGGAGCGACCCAGACAAAGAGAAGAAAGGCUUGGAGAGCCGCGCGGACAGCAUCGGGAGCGGCCGAGCCAUCCCAAUUAAACAGGGCAUGCUCUUAAAGCGAAGUGGCAAGUCACUGAACAAGGAGUGGAAGAAGAAAUACGUCACCCUGUGUGACAACGGCGUGCUGACCUAUCAUCCAAGUCUGCAUGAUUACAUGCAGAAUGUUCACGGUAAAGAGAUUGAUCUUCUGAGAACCACUGUGAAAGUCCCAGGGAAGAGGCCACCCCGAGCCACGUCGGCCUGCGCGCCCAUCUCCAGCCCCAAAACCAAUGGCUUGUCCAAGGACAUGAGCAGUUUACACAUCUCGCCAAAUUCAGGGAAUGUCACUAGUGCGUCUGGGUCUCAGAUGGCAAGCGGCGUCAGCCUGGUCUCCUUCAACAGCCGACCCGACGGCAUGCACCAGCGCUCCUACUCAGUCUCCAGUGCCGACCAGUGGAGUGAGGCUACGGUCAUUGCAAACUCGGCCAUCAGCAGUGACACAGGACUGGGUGACUCCGUGUGCUCCAGCCCCAGUAUCUCCAGCUCCACCAGCCCCAAGCUCGACCCGCCCCCCUCCCCCCACGCCAACAGAAAGAAGCAUCGAAGGAAGAAAAGUACCAGCAACUUCAAAGCUGAUGGGCUCUCUGGCACUGCUGAAGCCAAACGCAAAGCGUGGAAACUAAACCGUGUUGGUAGCCUGCGAAAUAUAUACAGCAGCAGCAGCGCCAACACCGAAGAACAAGAAGAAAACUUUGAGUUUAUCAUUGUGUCCCUCACUGGCCAGACCUGGCACUUUGAAGCCACCACAUAUGAAGAACGAGAUGCGUGGGUCCAAGCCAUCGAGAGCCAGAUCCUAGCCAGCCUACAGUCCUGCGAGAGCAGCAAGAAUAAGUCCCGACUGACCAGCCAGAGUGAGGCCAUGGCCCUGCAGUCCAUCCGGAACAUCCGCGGGAACUCCCACUGUGUAGACUGCGACACGCAGAAUCCCAACUGGGCCAGUCUGAACUUGGGAGCCCUCAUGUGCAUCGAGUGCUCGGGCAUCCACCGGAAUCUGGGCACCCACCUCUCCCGGGUCCGGUCUCUGGACCUCGACGACUGGCCCAUUGAGCUGAUCAAGGUGAUGUCGUCCAUCGGGAACGAGCUGGCCAACAGCGUCUGGGAAGAGAGCAGCCAGGGGCGGACGAAGCCCUCCUUGGACUCCACGAGGGAGGAGAAGGAACGGUGGAUCCGGGCCAAAUAUGAGCAGAAACUCUUCCUGGCCCCACUGCCCUGUACUGAGCUGCCCCUGGGCCAGCAUCUGCUGCGAGCCACCGCCGACGAGGACCUGAGGACAGUCAUCCUGCUGCUGGCACACGGCUCCCGGGAGGAGGUGAACGAGACCUGCGGGGAGGGCGACGGCCGCACGGCGCUGCACCUGGCCUGCCGCAAGGGCAACGUGGUGCUGGCGCAGCUGCUCAUCUGGUACGGGGUGGACGUCAUGGCCCGCGACGCCCACGGGAACACGGCGCUGGCCUACGCCCGGCAGGCCUCCAGCCAGGAGUGCACCGAGGUGCUGCUGCAGUACGGCUGCCCCGACGAGCGCUUCGCGCUCAUGGCCACCCCCAACCUGUCCCGGAAGAACAAUAACCGGAACAACAGCAGCGGGAGGGUGCCCAGCAUCAUCUGAGAGCGGCGCCCCUGCCCACCACGCCGGGGACCCGCCUCGCCGUCCGCUCUCGGGGUCACAGCACGUGAGUCCCGUCACGUCCCCUCCCUCUUCCUGGUGGCCACCUCCCGCCCCGCCACCCACUCACCCCCAGAAACCUCCCAACCCGGACCUCCUCGAGGGAGAGGCCAGCAGGCCGCAGAGGCGGUUCCUUUCGACGGACUCCCGCCGCAGCACGGGGGACCACGCCUCGGGUCCUUGACGAUAGCACACGGCGUGGGACCCCUGCCCCGGUGGCCCCUGGACAGAGCAGGGCGCGAGGGACGAGGGCCGGGAGCGGGCGCAGGUGAGGAGCGAGGAGCAGGGGCACCUCCCCGACUGCAGUGAAGCACAGGAGCCCAUUUCACGUCCACCCAGCGGAGCGCCCGCAUCCCAUCUCUUCUCCAGGAGCUUGACGGCAUAAAUCAGGAGCCGGCCCAGAGUUUGUCAGGUCUGAAGCCCCUAUGAUGGUAUGUGUCAAAUCAGUUGUAGCUAAUCUGUCCAGGGAGAAUACUGGCUUCAUUACGCUUGUAUCGUUGAGUUCUUGCAGCAUUACCGCUGUUUAAUAGGACAUGAUUACUCAUCACUGAGGAGAGAGCACAUUAGCCGAGGAGGUAGUCACGGGCACGCUCCGGUGAUUGCCGCGAUGUGAUUGCCAUACUCGGAGAAGCGUCGUAUUAUCCCAGGCAUGUUCUUUGGAGCCCUCGGAGCCCUCCUUUCUAAAUUCACUGUCAUAAUUUAGUAUCUGUUUAAUUUUUCAGUCCAAAGAGAGGAAAUCAGUUGCUGAGUAUUAUUUGACUGCAGUCUCCUUGGUGCAAAAACAAAAUGGAAAAAAUAAAUAAGAAUGACUUGGAAAUUCAAAAGGAAACGGUAAAUCUAGCUGACAUCAGCUUCUUGAGUGCAUUUGGUAAACUAAGUAAAUACAUAAAAGGCUAUUUUUUUUUUUUUCCUGAAAGUGAGAGAGAUUUUCUGUCCUUUGGCCAAGGUGGAUGUGCCGGGCCUCAGUCACUCCCAGGCGGCACGGCCUGCCUUACCCAGGCUUCUGUCUUAGGUCCUUAGGUAAGAUGUGUGAAAAUCUAUUUGAAUAAAAGAAGUUCAUAAAUAUGCAUUGAUUUUUGUACAGACAAAUGGCACCUCUGUUAAUUUAUAAAUUGAACUGGAUGUGAACUAAUAAUGUGCAACUAGUUGAGAUAAGAGGGUUACAGAUCAUUGUACAUGGAAAAUAUUCCCAGCAGUAAACACUUCCAUUAAUGUGAUAUACAGCCUUUAAAAAGGAACAGAUCAAAAUAAGAUGGUGGUACAAUUUGCUGAUUAGAAUCGAGAAAGGGAAGAAAAAAGACACUAGAUGGAGGUCUCGUAUUAGGAAGGGGGUGAAGGAGCAUGACUCCUUCUUUGAAGGUGUGUUGUAGACUGAGACCACUCUUGCCCACCCAGAACAAGGAGCUCUGGCAGGACAGAGGGACUUUCUGAACCCCAGACCCUGCUCUGUGGCAAAGGCGCCUGGGCAGCAGCUGCCCGUGGUGCCAGCCCCACCGGGGUCCAGAGAACCCCGGGCAGCAUGGCACCAGGCCCUCCCCAUUUUACUAGUUUGCCAACACGGGGUCAUCGGGGGCUUCAGACUCAGGUCCCCUUCAAUGUGGUGGUCAAGGGCAGAAAAGCAAACCACGGUGCACCUUACCUUAUGAAAGGGGCAGCUCUACCCAGAGCCCUGUGGCCACAUGGCCCGGAAGGAGGUUGUCACAUGGAAACACGGGGCGCUGGGCUGACAUAGCACAGGGACGUGAAGCUUCUUGGCUCAGCAGCCACAGGAGAAGUUCCUGCUCUCAUAUAUUAAACCUUAUAUUUUGUAAGAGUUUUUCCUCUUCUUUCACUUUUUAAAAAAAAAAAAUUAAAGUAGGUGGGGGAAAAUAAAGCUUUACACAGAAUUUAUAUGUGGGUAAGUGUUUCACGGAGAUUUCUAAUGUUAAUUAAGCUCAGAGGAACUGACCGGUAUCCAGAACUAUCACAGGUGCAGCAAGCCACAGUUCCGAGAACCUCGACCAUGGUUCUAUCGUCCCUCCAUUUGGCUUCUAAUUCUGUGUUUCAUCACUGUGUAGUUAUUUUAAAUGUGAAUAGAGAAAAAAAUGUCAUUGCCUAUUUUUGAAGAAUACAUUAGCAUCCAGUCCCGCUAUACACAUUUGCCUCUAUACACCGUAGACCUUCUGUAGAGAACACAGAUAGAAUAUAAAUGAAAAUCUUAAAUUAUUUCAUUGUAGUUAAUUCCCACUCUAGGAAUGCUUUAUCAUAGUGGAGCCUUCUUUUUGAAAAGAAACGGAAUUCCCUGUAAGGCUUCUCUUGGGAUGUAUAUGAGUGUGUACAUACUAUAUGUGUUUAUAAUAUAAUAUUUUCCCAAAUGACUUCUUGUCUCACUUCACCUUCCACAGCCUGAGUGCUGGACCCGUUCCCUCCCUCCCUCCCUCCUGCCCCUCCCUGCCAUUUGUGGCCACGUUGCCCUGGCCCCAGGCUGCCCACUUUCUGGAUCCCACAUUUUGGCAGCAGAUGGAAGAGCAGCAGUGGGGUUUUAAGGAUUUCCUGUCAAAUAAAGGAGAGUGGUGUCUAAUGUG